AUGCCGAGCCACAAGACUUUCCGCACCAAGCAGAAGCUUGCCAAAGCUCAGCGCCAGAACCGUCCUAUCCCCCAGUGGAUUCGCCUGCGCACUGGCAACACCAUCAGAUACAACGCUAAGCGGCGACACUGGCGCAAGACCCGUCUGGGCAUCUAA